AUGACGUCAAAGAGCUCGUUGAGAAAAACGAAGUUGGUGUCGGUUAAGCUAAAAGAGAAAAUGGCCAACAAAGGAUUCGGGGAGGUGAUCGGCCUUUUCCUGGCUGUGGCGUUCUGUAUUACGUGCCCGGAAUAUGUAUCAUCAGCUCAAAGAGAACUCGGCAAGGGGUCGCCGACGAAUACGUCAGCGACUUCACCACCAGCGUCAGACAACGUGAUCAGACCAGGGGUGGGUGUGGCAGACACGCCACGACCAACUCCACGCACAGGACCAUACUUCGACUUGGCGGCUUCCAAGAAUGUCACUGCACUUCUCGGAAAGACCGCAUACUUGAACUGCCGAGUGAAAAACUUGGGUAAUAAAACACUAAACAUGCAAGUAUCAUGGGUGCGGCAUCGAGACAUUCACCUGCUAACAGUGGGACGUUACACCUACACGAGUGAUCAGAGGUUUCGAGCUAUUCACCUACCUCAUUCUGAAGAUUGGACAUUACAGAUUAAAUAUCCGCAACAUAGAGAUUCUGGUAUCUACGAAUGUCAAAUAUCAACGACACCUCACAUGAGUCAUUUUAUACAUUUAAACGUUGUCGAACCAACAACGGAAAUAAUAGGCGGUCCUGACCUGUAUAUUGAUCGGGGCAGCACUAUCAACUUAACAUGCGUGGUACUCUAUUCGCCCGAGCCGCCAGCCUACAUAUUCUGGAACCAUAACGACGCGAUAAUAAGCUACGACUCGCCGAGAGGUGGCGUGUCUGUUGUGACAGAGAAAGGAGAAACAACUACUUCGUUCCUGCUCAUCCAGCAAGCGAGGCCUUCAGAUUCAGGAAACUAUCAGUGUAAUCCAAGCAACGCUCAGUCCAAAAGUGUAGUUGUACACGUACUGAAUGAAGCAAAUUCGAUUUUUCCUUUGUCAGGUGAGUAUCCAGCAGCGAUGCAGAGAGGGGGCCAAGCCUUCGCACCGACAUCCACCCAUUGCAUCGUACUGGCCACGAGUAUUUUCUUAGCAUUGUCUUGA